AUGGCCAGACCAAUGCGUUCCCGGAACCGCACCAGCGGCGACCUCGACCAAGGCCACCAGUGUCCCGGUCUCGACCACAAGCCGCGCUGUAACAACCACCGUCACCGUUACCGUGCGCUCGACUUCGUCCUCCCGCGCUCCGACAGCAACCUCUACUCCAACCUCGAUCCCGUCUGGACCGAAGUACUUCAUCACCUUGUAAGUCCUUACUAUCCCCCAUCAGCCAACACCGAGCAAAAGAAUAACAUGAGUCCUAGCGGAGACUCAUACUCCCAGACGGGCUUCGACAUCAACUCUACAAAGCCUAAUUCCCAGAACCCACUUGGCAACCCAGAUCUCCCCGGCUGGACCUCCAGCGGCGGCCUCAACUGGAUCGGCUACCUGUUGACACAGUUCAACGCCUCCCUGACGUACUCCUACAAUCUUGCUUACGGCGGUGCUACUACUGACGCGAGCCUCAUCGCGCCCUACGCGCCUACCGUGCUGAGCUUCAUCGACCAGGUCACCGAGUUCUCGCAGAGCCUGGCGUCGAAGCCGACCUGGGCGCCAUGGACCGCAGAUAACACGCUUGUUGGCGUGUGGAUGGGCGUCAAUGACGUCGGCAACGCAGCUUGGGCAUCCAACCGCGAAGCGCUGCUCGUGCAGGUUCUUGGGAAGUAUUUUGACCAGUUACAGAUCUUGUACAAUGCUGGCGUGAGAAAGUUUGUUCUCCUUACUGUGCCGCCAACCCAGAAGACCCCCCUCAUGAUCGCCAACGGUGCCGACUCCAGCGGCCAGCUCACGGCUGCCAUUAAGCAGUACAAUGAACUCGUCUCCAGCAACCUUGCGGCCUUCAAGGCCAAGAAUGCGGGCAUCACGUCGUGGAUUGUCGAUACCACACCCGCCUUCGACAAGGCCAUCAACAACCCGACGGCAUACGGCGCACCCGACGCUACCUGCUACAACGCGGACGGCGUCAGUUGCCUGUGGUUCAACGACUACCACCCUGGUGUACAGAUCCAGAAGCUGGUUGCGCAGGCUGUUGCGCAAACCGUCGGUGUGCCGUGGUUUACCUGUGAGUUCUUUCCUGUCGUCGAAUGA